AUGUUCCAUUUUAUAUGUUUUGACUUGAGUAUUGAUAUGGACAGUGUUUCCUCAGGCUCUUCUCUACAGUUCCUUGCCAAACUGCUUCGUGAUGCUCAAGAAUCAGAUGAUGAUGAUGAACAUGUGCCACGCUGUUCUGUUAGCGCCAUGACUCCUGGUAGUAUUGGACCAGUAAAGAAAGAGACCACUGGUACUUUUCAAGUGAAAUCUGAAAACAGCAAAACUAUUUGGAACACAGAGGAGGUCCCAGAAGGAUCUGAGUUUGAUGAUACCUGGGACCCUAGAGAACAGCCAGAGUAUCAGAUUUUAUUCAAACAGUGUGUGGGAACAGAGGAUGUCUUCUUUGGGAUGAGCAGAAAAGACCCUUCCACAGCCUGCUGCGAAGAUAUGGUGAUUAAAAUCAAGCUGCCAGAGACAAGGUACUCAGACAUCACAUUAGAUAUCCAGGACAAGAUUCUUGACCUUCGAACUCCGAAAAAGAAGCUGCUGCUGCACCUCCCCUACCGUGUAGACAGCAAGAAUGGUAAAGCUCGUUUUCUGUCUGAAGAGGAGACCUUGGAAGUCACCUUGAGAGUAUCAAGGAUGUUUGAUUUCAUAAAUUUUGCCUAA